AUGGACGCUCCCAUCUCUUCCCCACGAACCCAUCAGACCUCGGCGGCAACGACCUCGGCUCGCACGUCGCCCGCCAACAAGAUGGCGCCGCCCCCGCCCGCGGCCAUGUCGUCGCCCUCGACCGACGCCUUCCUCAAGGACUUCACCCUCGUCGCCGAGGCCGCCAAGCGGGCGCAGAUGGCCGUCAUGAUGCGCGACUUUGAGAGCGUCGGCCUGUCUUGA